AGAAAAUCUCCAAGCAGUGAUAUGGAACGUGCCCAGACUGGACAAAACAUGCUAAUUGUCUGUAGGGGAUUCCAAACUUAAACUCAAAAUGAAGACAGAGCGAGCAGGCUACUUAAGGGUUUUCAGCUCCCUUGCUGUACUUCAUGUUACAUACCUUCUUGCCAUCCAAACAGGUGUUGUGGAAGUAGUAAACAUUACAAGCCAUGUCCAGCAUAUACAUGGGACAGUUGGCAAAUCUGCUCUCCUGUCUGUGCAGUACACCAGCUCAAGCAGUGAUAAACCGGUGGUAAAAUGGCAAGUGAAAAGAGAAAAGCCAGUCACUGUGGUGCAGUCUAUUGGGACAGAAAUCAUAGGAAAUUUGCGUACAGACUACAAGGACCGAAUACAGAUCUUUGAAAAUGGCUCUCUUUUGAUAAAGAACCUCAUGUUGUCAGAUGAAGGGACAUAUGAGGUUGAAGUUUCCAUUACAGAUGAUACCUUUACUGGGGAAAAAUCAAUCAACCUAACAGUGGAUGUUCCUAUAUCAAAGCCUCAAGUCAUUGUUGCUUCAUCAACUGUUCUAGAACUUACUGAGAACUUUACUCUUAACUGCUUUCAUGAGAAUGGUACAAAAACUUCCUACACCUGGCUGAAAAAUGGGAAACUGCUUAUCAAUGAUUCAAGAAUAAUCUUUUCACCAGACCAUAAAGUACUCACUAUUACCAGAAUAAUAAUGUCAGAUGAUGAUAUCUACAGUUGCAUGGUAGAGAAUUCUAUCAGUAACGGACGCAGUGUUCCUAUUAAACUCACUGUCUAUCGAAGAAGUUCGCUCUAUAUCAUCCUUUCAACAGGAGGAAUAUUUCUUCUGGUUACCUUGGUAACAGUUUGUGCUUGUUGGAAACCCUCCAGGAAAAAGAAGCAAAAAUAUGAAAAGCAUGGUUCCUCUGAAUACCUUGAUCGCAUAGGAGAGCCUCUUAAAAAUGAAGUUGAAAUUAUUUCACGGAGUGGGGAGCCUGAAUGUAAGAAUCCUGUUGCUUUGUACAUACUGAAAGAUAAGGAAUCUGUUGAAGCAGAAGAAGACUCACCAACAGAAUCCAGAACUGCAUCUGAUCAUGGGUCUCCAAGUUAUGUCAGUACUUCGCCCUCUGGCAGAUCCUCUGGUCCUCCAAUUCACUCUGCACACAAGUGCCACCACACCCCAGCCAGGUCAUCACCUACCAAAACAGAACAUGUAUCGCCAUCUAGUUCACCUGCUGUGAGUUCUGAACACAGAAGUAGUGCUCGUUCUGUUCGGACAAUUGGAGCCCACAGUAACUGGAACAAAGAAGAAGUUAGAGCUGUGGAAAGCACAAACUAAUUCUUGUAGUAAUGUUGGUGGCUAUUAAUAGGAAUUUUUGCUGCAUGCCAUAUACACAAUCAGUAUGACUUGGACUCACAAUUUAUAGGAUAUAGGGAUACUAUUAUCAUAUAAUUUCCCAUUCCCCUUUUUUGACUUUAUACUAUUUAAAUCCGAAAAUGAUACUUAAAUAUAUUAAGGCUUCUCCAUCAGUGUUUCUUCUAAUUAAUUUUAGCCAUAUGAGAAAAAAUAAUCUUUUGUGCGCAUUUUGAAAAACUUCACAAACGUGUGUGUCCAAAUAAGGAAUGAAAUAAGUGGUUUCACCCAAAUUACUCUUUGUAAAGCAUUAUUUGUUUUUUCUGGCCUCAAGACUUUGUGAUGCUUGCCUUUUUAGGCUUGUGUAACACUUGGUGAUUCUCUGUGCCCAAUGAACACCAAAUGCCUGCAGUGUAGCAUUUUACGCUAACACAAUGGUCCAAAGGCUUUCCUAUGGCUGGGUUGCAUGAUACUUUGAUAAUCCUAUCAAAGUAACUCCACAGCAUUCACACCUCUGUGAAUUUCAGGUGUCACUUCUCUAAAGAGUUACAAAGUGCCAUUGUGAUUGGAUUAGUAGAAGAGUAUAUAUGCUUGAGGACUUCCCAUACCAGUCAGUUGAACUGAAGAAGCUGCUCGGAUGAGUAGUGAAACAUCUUCAAUGAUUGCUUAGCAAGUCCAGUUGCUUUAGAUUUACUUAUACUAGAUAGUUUUAUAUAUGGUUAUACUAUUAGGCUUCUAUUUAUUAUGCGGUGUAAAAUGAAAUUCACCAAAAAAACUGUAUUAGAUAAAUGACGAAUUUUGGCAUCCGAACGCAAGAUUUUACACCAUUAUUUUAUGUAAAUUCUGGCAGAAGAAAACACUUUUUUUGUAUCAAGCUUGGCGAUGUGUGGCAAAUUUUGUUGCCGUUUUUACACAGUAUAAUAAAUAGGCCCCUUAUUGUAUUUACAUUUCCCUUUCCUUGUCCUUUAAGUCAGCAGAUGUGACAUACCCUAUAAUUCGAGCCAUAAAAACUGUAUUUUGUUUUAACAUGAAUGUAAUUAGUGUGACCUGACAGACAGAAAAUCCAUAUUUGUAAAACCUCUAUGCAACAGAAAAGGUUAUUACAACUGCAUAUAUAUAUAUAUACUGUGUAUGUAUAUAUAUAUAUAUAUAUAUAUAUAUAUAUAUGUGCAUAUAAAUAAAGAUAUACAUACAUACAUAUAUAUAUAUGAUAAAUCGCAGUAUGCAACACUGGUGCAUAUUGUGCAACAUUACUUCCUGUAUUCUUACAGCCAUGCAGCAUUUUUCACAUUGAUAGAAGCGUCCCUUUAAUGAUUCAUAAUUUUUGGGAUAAAGCUUGUUUGUAGGCUAUACCACUUAGAUUUCUGCUUUAUAACAGAAUGCAUUUUGAUCCUUGCAACUAGUAGUAACAAAUUUAGAGUAGCAAAUUUACUAUAUAUUCUAUAGUGCUUAAAGUGCUAAGUCCCUGUCUUCACAGAAUGUGCAACCGAAAUAAAGUGUAUUGUUGACCUAUUG